AUGGCUUCAACAGCCAACACCCCGAGCAACACACCCUCCCCAAACCCCUUCGAGUCCCGUCAAGCACACGAAGCGAACCUCUCAGGCACAACACUCUUCGACUACGUCCGCGCCCGCUUCUGCGAAGGCAUCGUAACGCUCGACAGCGUCCUGAGCUUCAUGGCGUUGGGGCAUUGCCGACCUGGCAGCAUAGCGCAGCGCCAAGACAUCGACGGUCUUCUCGACAACCUCAUCGCGAUGGCUCGCUGGCUUGUGAAUUUCCUGCAAACAGCUACUGCAUGUUUUCACGAUUCACCCUGGACGAGGUCUGCGAUCGUCGGGCUGCGGAUGGAGCUGCAUCAGUACUCGCACAAGGUGAUGCAGAUUUCGAGUAUUAUGCAGAGUGUCAAGACGUUUCGUUCUGAGGGCGAUAAGGCAGGGGUGAAGCCGGAUGAGGCAAGGGUUGUUGAUGUCAGGCCGAAGAAGAAGGUGCUGGAAUUGGAGAUGUUUCCGCCACUGGGGAUUAGGCCGGAAGAUAUCAGACUACCGGACGACGCAUCUGGAGAGGUGUAA